AUGCAUAGUUCAUUAUUAGGAAAAAAUAGCAACGAGGAGAACACAGUUCAUAAAACAGGCGCCAAGAGAUCAUUUAAGGAGACAUUCGUAAAACCUGUAAUGCCAACUGCUUCUACUUCUGCUGAGAUAAUCGCACCUGUCUCUGCUUUACAUGAAAAUAGUUCAGUUGAUUCUGAUUGUAGUUUUAAUGCAAGUGACAUAAGUGCAUCGUCUAUUCGCACAAAAAUAUUUCAGCCGACAUUAAAUCAGAGUUUCAGGAGCAUAUCUGAAUUUUCUGAAAAUGGAGCUAAAGGAAUUCGCCUUACAAAUGCUAUCUUGUUUAUGAUUUGCAAAGAUUCACAGCCGUUCCAAAUGGUUGAAAAUGAAGGAUUUCUAAACUUAAUGAAAGCAGCUGCACCUCUGUAUAAAGUCCCAUCCAGGCAUACUUUCAAGAACAUGCUAGAGAACCAAUAUGAAGUUACACAGAAUCUUUUUAAAAAUAAAAUCAAAGGCCUACGUAGUAAUAUUACCCUGACAACCGACAUAUGGACGGAUACCAUGCAGACUAGGAGUUUUCUUGGUGUCACUAUACACUUUUAUGACGAAGAACGUAUGGCAAUGGCAUCAGUCUCUCUAGGAGUUUAUGAGUUAGCCGAAUCACAUACUGCUGAAUACAUUGGAAGAAUGCUGUUGCAGACAUGUCAUGAAUGGUGUAUAGAUCCAGAAAAAGUAUCCGCUGUGGUAACUGAUGGAGGAGCAAAUGUUGUUAAAGCUGUAGAUAUCUCAUUUGGAAAAAAAUGCCAUAUUAUUUGCUUUGCUCACUUAAUUAAUUUGGUAGCUCAAAAAUCAAUCGCAAAAACAAAGGAAUUGCCAGAAUUAAUUGGAUCUGUCAAAAGGAUUGUCACUUGGUUUAAGCAUAGUGUAGUGGCGAGUGAUGAAUUACGAAAGCAUUCUGAUCUAAAAUUAAUACAAGAAGUCAGCACUCGCUGGAAUUCCACUUUUUAUAUGGUGGAAAGAUUUUUAGAACUGCGACCAAUAAUUAAUCAAAUUGUUAAUUGCCAUACAAGUGCUCCUCCAAUGAUAACUGCAAAAGGUAUUGAAGAGUUGACUGAAAUUUUUGAAGUUUUACGCCCUAUAGAAGUUGCUACUAAAGAAAUCUGUGGAGAAGACUACGUUACCAGCAGCAAAGUUAUUCCCAUAACACGAAUGCUAAACUUAAAAAUGAGCAACAUUAAAACAAACAGUUCUAUGGGUCAGGAUCUUAAGCAGAACAUAAUGACUGAAAUCAGUAAACGCUUGUUACCCUCGGAACAUGUUCAAAUACUUGCUUUAUCUACAUUGCUAGACCCAAGGUUCAAAAAUAUUCACUUUCAAGACCGCGUAGCAUGUUCGAAAGCAAUCAAAGUAGUCAAAGAAUUACUAACUACUACAACGGAAGCAGAAGUAAUUGAAGAAGUUAUGAGUGAUUCGCCAGAUCCAACAGAAGAAUUUAAUUUGUGGAGCGAACAUUAUAAACUUGUAAAUGUCAAAAACUCUACGCCUUCCCCUCAUGAUCACGAAAUGCCUUCCGAGUUAAGCUACUUUUUGAAAAAUACAGUAUCUGAUCUUAAACAAGAUCCUAUCCAAGUUUGGAAUAAUGUCAUCGGUUCCACUUACCCGAAAUUAAAAAUAAUAGCGCUGAAAUAUUUGAGUACUAUCGCGACAUCAACGCCAUCCGAAAGACUGUUUUCAAAAGCUGGCUCUACUCUUUAUCAACAAAGAAAUAGAUUAAAAGGUUCUUCUUUAUCAAAAUUACUCUUCCUGCAGUCAAUUGAUAAAAAAUAUUGGAAUAUGUAA